AUGUCCUUUUCUCUCCCACCCAGUCUCAAGGCUGAUCUCACUGUCUAUCGGGACACACUCAACUCCCAAAUCGAGGCGUGGGCGGCGCAGUACAGCGUGAAUCCCGCUGCGAUCCGCCGCUACCUCGGCUUUUCGCGCGAGUUUGGACGCCAGCCGAACUCGUGGAACCAAUACCAGCGCUACCUUGCAGAGCAGAAGCGCAAGAAUGCCAACGGUCAGGGCAUGCCGCUAGGUGUAACGAUGGAGCACAUGGGCGGCGACUCGAAUACUACGCAGGCGCAGCGCAUCCGCGACGAGCUCGCGCCGCUGUACCAGAAGAUGAAGGAAGACCCUGAAUUCCUGAGCCGGACUCAGCAGGAGAUCUCUGCAUGGGAGCAAGGGCAUCGCAUGGAGAAGUCGGGGAGCGUGACGCGCGCCGAGUACAAGCGGGCUGUGCGCCGCUUUGAACAGUUUUCGCAACAGUGCUCGCAGAACCUCGGUGCGGAGUCGUUCACCAUUAUUGCGCACCCCAACAUCGGCUCGAACCAUGUACAAAUUGCCGCGUCGCCCACCGGGCUGCAUGCAUUCCAGACUGCGCUGGGCGCAGGCAAAGGCCUGGAGCACUUCCAGAACCGUUUUGCUGCGAGCAUCUGCCUGACGAUUGCACAAAACGAAGAUCCGAACGUGCUAGACCGUGAUACCCACAUCGAUGUACAAGUCCCUCUACAGCCUCAAGAACCGAUCAUCCUCCCAGAAGACCCAACUCUGCUCACCUCUAUCCAGAAACGGAAACUCGCUACGCCGCUCUUCCAGCGCCUGGUCGAGUCCGGCCUGGAUCCGGUUGGACUUGCCAACUUCCGCAAAAAGUCCCAGUCGCGUUUCCCGUGGAAGGGCUUGAUGACCUGGCUACACGAAAACGGAUACCGCUUCAACUACUGGCCCAACGACUCCACGCUGUACGGCAUUCGGCAGACGACGGGCGAUACCGCACUGCUCCCUGCACAUUUGCGAUGUGAAGGACUAAACACACCCAAUUGCUGGAAGUCGGAUGCGAUGAACGCAAUUUUGCGUGCCUGUGUAGACCAAACCGACCCCCUCCGUGUCGUACGCUUGUAA